UAAGACUUCUCCUCUACUGUCCAAGCGCUUUGGUGCAGGGACAGCGGCCGUCCUCAGCCAAUCCAGUGCAGGCUCUCCACCGAAGGCUGGCUCUAGAUGGUGGUAUGCGCACGAUAGUAUAGUGCUGGCCGACUGCUGCUGUGGUUCUCUGACGGUGGUGCUUCUUGUUAACCCUGUCGUGCUUGGUAAUUGUAUUGAUUAGAGUUCACUGUCUUGACUUGAAUUUUGUCCCUUUGAAACUGCUGUACCUGUGCAAUAAAGAUGCAGUACCUUUCUCCUAAAAAAAUAUUUCUAUGGAAAGCUGUAAGAAUUGGCUGAUGGGAAUUCAGACUUCAGUAUGGGAUUAUGUCAUUAUUCCUGGAAGUCCUAAAGUUGCUCUUUUCAGCAGCUAAGUGUUGACACGUUCUAGUAAAAGACUCGUUAUUGAAAUGGGACAAUUUGGAAACGGUUCUUUGAUAUGCCUGAGAAGAGGACUUCCCUUUGGGCAUUGAGCCUUCCUCUGCAUGAUGUUCCCAUGCGCCCAGGGGUGUUUUCCCUUUCCAAGUGGACUCCCUCAUGGAAGGAGAAGGGCCAGGCCCUGAGCACCUCUUCGAGGAAAAGGGAUGCAAGAGGACGCGUUGUCUCAGAAGAGCCCUCGCAGGCUGCCUGCUCAGCCCAUUCGUUUGAGUUUGCAUGUUUCUCUGCACUAUGGAUUUUGAGCAUUUAGAUUUCUUUCAUCAAGUACAUUUCAACCACUACAGUAGACAUUUUCUCUCUGAGGCAUUGUGCUUUGCACGAGAACAGCCAGAAGUUGAGGGAAAAGUAAAGUUAAAGUCGGUUCUCUUUCAUAGCAACAUGUGUUGUCUGACAUUCAGCCAGCUUUUUAGAUUUUUUUUCCAGUAAUUUCCCUGUUUUCCUGUCCUGUACUCACAAAAAGCAGCUAGAAUGUCUCUCCAGGAAUCCUGAGCCUCACAGGACUGUGUAGCUCUAAGCCUAGGAGUAGACUGUGUAGAGUAGUGAUCGUAUCUAGAUGAUGCACACGGGUAUCCUGGGGGUGCCCGGAGCGUUGCAGUCUUUCCUGCAUUUGGUUUUCAGGAAUUACAUGAAUGACAGCCUUCGCACAGACGUCUUCGUAAGGUUCCAGCCUGAGAGCAUCGCCUGUGCCUGCAUUUAUCUUGCUGCCCGGACACUGGAGAUCCCUUUGCCCAAUCGUCCCCAUUGGUUUCUUUUGUUUGGAGCAACUGAAGACGAAAUUCAGGAAAUCUGCUUAAAAAUCCUGCAGCUUUAUACUCGGAAAAAGGUUGAUCUGACACACCUUGAAAGUGAAGUUGAGAAGAGAAGGCACGCCAUUGAAGAGGCCAAGGCACAAGCUAAGGGUCUGCUGCCUGCUGGCACCCAGGUUCUGGACAGCACUUCAGGGUUCUCACCUGCCCCCAAGCUGGCAGAAUCCCCUAAAGAAGGUAAAGGAAACAAGCCUUCCCCGCUCUCCGUGAAGAACGCCAAGAGGAAAAUGGAGGGUGUGAAGAAAGUUAAGGCUGACAGCCCGGUGAAUGGCUUGCCAAAGGGGCGAGGGAGUCGAAGUCGGAGCGGGAGUCGUGAGCAGAGCUACUCAAGGUCCCCAUCACGAUCUGCUUCUCCUAAGAGGAGAAAAAGUGACAGCGGCUCCACAUCUGGUGGGUCCAAGUCGCAGAGCCGCUCACGGAGCAGGAGUGACUCCCCUCCGAGACAGGCACACAGAGGUGCUCCCUACAAAAGCUCCAAGGUGAGGAGCUACCGGAAGUCUAAGGACUGCAAGUACCCCACCCAGAAGCCACACAAGUCCCGGAGUCGGAGCUCCUCUCGGUCUCGAAGCCGCUCACGGGAGCGGGCAGAUAGUUCCGGGAAAUACAAGAAAAAAAGUCAUUACUAUAGAGAUCAGCGAAGGGAGCGUUCUCGGUCGUAUGAGCGAACAAGCCAUCGCUACGAGCGGGAUCACCCUGGGCACAGCAGGCAUCGGAGGUGAGGCGCUGGGCUCCCAGAGUGCUGCCCUUUGCCCCUCGGUGUGCACCCGUGGCAUGACUGGCCCUGUGGUGCAACUCUUUUUGGAAAUGGCUGUUGACUCUGGACCUUGUGAUGAAUUUGGAGAUGGACUCAAGAGGCCGGUGAGGUGCCCUUUAGGCCGGCCUGGGCACAGCGCACACUCGUGCCAGCACGGGGCCCACCUCCGCAGCAGCCCUGUGCGGCUGGGCGUGGAAGCAGGUGUGUACGUCCUUGCGGGGCGGCUUGGUGCUAACGACAGGCCGUCCUUACUCCCGUACCGAUACUCAAUUACGUCAAACCAAGAAAAUGACUUUUAGAACCUUUGCCUAUAUUAGGUUGUACUUAUGUACAUAUUUUGCAGUGUUUCACAAUGAGAAAAUGGCCUUAAUAGCCCCUUAUUCUCUAUUCGCCCUGUAAAUAAACAUGUGUUUAAUACAAGUUAAAGCUAUAUAUGAAAAUUCAGAACUUGAAUUCUGUCGGCUUAAAACUUGUGUAGAGAAUUCUGAUUUUUAAAAUGUGAAGGUAUUUAGAUCUGUGUUGAAAGUCGUAUAUUUUUAUCUGUGCGAUGCUGAGUGCAGGCCACCAGCUCCCAAAUAGAGAAGUUUCCUAUAUAUGCAUUUUACGUGGUUAAAUAAACACAAUUCUCUCUACUCAGGACAUUUGGAACGUUCCA